CAUGACUUCGGAAGAGAUGUCUUGGCCUGUCCCAAUGAAGGCGAUUGGAGCACAGAACCUGAUGACAAUGCCUGGAGGGGUGAGCCAGUCUGGAUACCUGCACAAGAAAGGGGGCACCCAGUUCCAGCUCUUAAAGUGGCCACUGAGGUUUGUGAUUGUCCACAGGGGCUGCAUUUACUACUUUAAGAGUAGCACAUCCGCAUCUCCCCAGGGAGCCUUCUCACUGAAGGGCUAUAAUAGGGUUAUGCGGGCAGCAGAGGAAACAACAUCGAACAAUGUAUUUCCUUUCAAGCUGGUUCACAUUAGCAAGAAGCACAGGACCUGGUAUUUUUCUGCUUCCUCUGAAGAAGAAAGGAAGGACUGGAUGUCCUCACUUAGGAGAGAAAUAGAUCACUAUCAUGAGAAGAAGGAAACGGUCACUGACUUAAGUGAUUCUGGUUCAGAUGUUGACAGUUUCUACGGCUCAAUAGAACGCCCAAUUAAUAUCAACUAUUCUCAGCAUUCAAUAGAAAAUUCAGAUUAUGACCAGGAUGAAGAAGAAGAAUACUUACAGCCAGAUAAUGCAGACAGUGUAAAAUGUGAAGACCAUACAGUCCUUCCACCAGCAUACCCACCUCCUCCAGUCCCGCAGGUGGGAAAACCUUCCUAUUCAGAGACCCGGGUGCGUUUGUUCUCCUGCCGGAGCAGUGUACCUGUGCUUCCGCUGCCACCCCCCAAGAAAAGUCUGCCUGUUUUUAAGCCCGAAGCUCGCUUGUGUAGUAUGAGAGGGGACCUUCCUUUUCAGUACCAAGCUGCAUGUCAUGUGAGACCCCAGCUAACGCGUCAGCAUGCAAGCAGCGCAGGAUCGCCAGCGCCUCCGGUCCCUCUAGCCAGAAAGCCCACUCGCCUCAUAGAGACUGGCGGUCAGUCGGCCGUACGCCUGCCCCUCGCCCACACUUUAGCUACUUCCGAAGACAGUGAGAAGCUAAAGGAGUUAAAGCUGUCUGCAAAGGGCCCACCUCCACUGCCAAGCGGCAAGCCCAGACUGACACUCUGCCCUGUGAUGCCGGCAGGUGCCAAACCACCGAGGGAAUGUGGCAAAAUACUGGCUAAGCCUCAAGCGUCUGCUGAGAAGUCACCUGUGCCUUUAUCCAAACCAGAGAAGCCUUCACCUCCACAUUUAGGUUCUGUUUCUGGUAGGAGAUCACCUCCAGAUGGGCAGAGCUUCCGAGGUGCCUUGUUUGAGAAACCAGCAGUGCUUUCAAAGCCAGCCGUACCUGGUACAGACUCAGAUGAUGACUAUGAAAAAGUUGAGCUGCCUAAUUCGGUAUUUGUCAAUACAUCUGAAUCCCUUGAAGUUGAAAGGAUGUUCAAAUCUGAAAAUCUGACAGGGCAUCCAAAAUCUGGAUUAUUCUGCAUUAGGAACUCAUCGACGAAAACUGGAAAGGUGUUAGUUGUGUGGGAUGAGUCCAUUGAGAAAGUGAGAAACUACAGAAUAUUUCAACAGCAGGACUCAAAGUUCUACCUGGAGUCCGAUGCGCAAUUCCCAAGUCUUGGAAGUCUGGUUGAACACUACUCCUGCCACGUCUUGCCUGGCCACAACAAUCUGAGGCUCCAGUUUCCUUAUGGCUAUUCUGGGCCAAGGUGACACACCUUCAUUAUCCGC